CCACAUUCGAGCACCAUAAACAAGGCACACGGAAAAGUCUCGACAGCGCCGCUCACAGAAUCUCGCGAUCGCUGUGUUCUUCGGGGCCGUCGCUGGACCUCCCACUAUUGCACUCGAGUCCCUCGUGCCGAAAUCGCUUAACUACUGCCCCCGCCGCAUCUGCCUCUUGCCCGCUCCAGUGACGCCCGUGUCGAUAUAUACUUCCAUCCUGGUUAUCCUGCUGCCCUCUCUUUACUCCAGCUUAUCAACGACACUUUUGGGGGCCAAAUUGAGAAGAAAUAUUCCAGCAUGAGUGGCCCAAGCGACUGGGUCGGCCGGGCCAUUGAUGCCGUUAAGAAGGCUAUUGAGCUUGACGAAAAGGCCAACUACGAGGAAGCCUACAAACAAUACAUGACCGCACUCGAGCUCUUCAUGCUGGCGAUCAAAUGGGAGAAGUCGGAGGCCUCGAAGCAGAUCCUCAAGAAAAAGGCGGCCGAGUACAUGGACCGCGCGGAGAAGCUGAAAAAGCACCUUAGCGCAAAGGAUGGAGACGACAAGAAGAAGGCUGCUGCCAUGGGCUCAAACGGGAAGACGGGCACGAACGGUGCGGGAGGCAACGACGACGAAGAUGCAGACAGCAAGAAGCUGCGGGGUGCUCUGCAGGGUGCCAUCUUGAGCGAGAAACCGAAUGUAAGAUGGGAGGACGUGGCGGGCCUGGAUCAGGCAAAAGAGGCGCUCAAGGAGGCGGUGAUUCUGCCCAUAAAGUUCCCGCAUCUGUUCCAAGGCAAGAGGCAGCCGUGGAAAGGCAUCCUGCUGUAUGGGCCCCCGGGAACAGGAAAGUCAUAUCUCGCAAAGGCGGUGGCUACGGAGGCGAACAGCACAUUUUUCAGCGUGAGCAGCUCGGAUUUGGUCAGUAAAUGGAUGGGUGAGAGUGAACGCUUGGUAAAACAGCUCUUCAACAUGGCGCGCGAAAACAAGCCUUCCAUCAUCUUCAUAGACGAAAUAGACGCCCUGUGCGGUCCUCGCGGCGAAGGCGAAUCCGAAGCAUCUCGCCGCAUAAAGACAGAGAUGCUCGUUCAGAUGGACGGUGUCGGCAAAGAUUCGCGCGGCGUCCUGAUCCUGGGCGCGACAAACAUUCCCUGGCAGCUGGAUGCGGCAAUACGAAGACGGUUCCAGAGGAGAGUGCACAUUUCGCUACCGGACCUCCCCGCGAGAAUGAAGAUGUUCGAACUGGCGGUAGGGAACACGCCAUGCGAGCUUAAGACGGAGGACUACAAGCGCCUGGCUGCAAUGAGCGAGGGAUACUCGGGCAGCGAUAUUGCCAUUGCGGUGCAAGAUGCCCUCAUGCAGCCCGUGCGAAAAAUUCAGACGGCGACGCACUACAAGAAGGUCAUAGUAAAUGGGAAGGAAAAGCUCACACCAUGUUCGCCCGGUGACCCUGGCGCGAUGGAGAUGGAUUGGACGCAAGUCGAGAGCGACCAGCUAGAAGAACCCCCGCUUGUGCUGAAGGACUUCGAGAAGGCGAUAAGGAAUGCGAGGCCGACGGUCAGCGGAGAGGAUCUCGCGAAGAACGCAGAGUGGACGAAGGAGUUCGGCAGCGAGGGUAAUUAGGAUUCGACUCGCGAAAUUUGCUCAAACGUCCUUUUCCCCAACCCUCCCCAACUCACACCCUUGAGACCGUUGCGAAACCACGUCAGAGAGCAACAACGUAGGGCUCGUCGAGAAACGUACAUAUCUCCGCCCACGAACUUGGCUGUAAAUUCUACAGGCGACCGAGAGCAGAUCGUGGUGGCUUAAGUUCAUAAACAAGAAUCCCAACCUCGAAAGACAAGUUGUGCGACGUAAGCAAAUGAAGACAGACAAAAGGGAAAUGACGAGGACACAUCACAUCACGUCUAGUUGCGACGAUGAGGCACGUGUUGCGCCAAAAGAUUUUUCCAGUUCCACCUCCGUUCUCGAUGCUUAUAAGCAAGAGCGCAGCGAGGCGGCGCAAUUCACGUCAGAAGGAAAAGAUGAGCAGGUCGCGAAUCGUAUAGUCUAUUUGCUUUGUCAUGUGUCAUUUACAAUGAAAUCGCACCGUGUUGUUCAA